UCCAGGGACGGCUAUCCGAGGACAUGACUUGUUCAGCGACCAGUGUGAACGUCCCGUAAGUGAACUGGACCCUCGUUUUCAAAAUGUUGGCUUGUAAACGAAGCCUGACCGGCUCUGUGGUUUCCGCUCUCCGGGUUCUUCGCAGUAACCAAGUUGUUGUUUCUGGCCAGGGGCACAGAUGUCUGUCCACGCAGACAGAUGGAGAGACCCGAAUCGCAACGAUACUGAAGGAGAAGUUUCCGUUGGCUUCGUCGCUCAAAGUGGUGGAUAUAUCAGGUGGCUGUGGGGCCAUGUAUGAGAUCCAUAUAGAAUCUAGCGAGUUCAAAGGAAAAAGGACUGUUCAGCAACACCAAUUAGUCAAUCAGGCACUUAAGGAUGAGAUUCAAGGAAUGCAUGGACUGCGAAUAUUCACUGAAGUUCCCAAACAUUAAUGAAAAUCUGUCCACUGCUGACCCACAACCUUUUUCUUUGUUCGCCCUAUCUGUUAUGAAUGUAUAAGCUGUAAAGAGGAUGUUGUGUUGCAAAUUAACACUGCGAUAACUGUUGUUGUGGCAGUGACAGAAAUGCAGAGGGAAACUAUCUCUCACAGUCGACUGUGUGAUGUGUGUAAUACAUGUAAGAUUACAUUCGUUUUCUUUUGGUUUUUUUUUUUGAAAAACUAAUGAUAUAUCUACCACUCUGAGAAUAUAUAUAUGAAAGCAGUGAAGGCUGCAAUACGCACAAAAUGACUCGCUUAAAUGUUAGCAAAAUGUCAAGUCAUGCUUCUUCCCAGUCAGGGGUCUUCUCAGGGUCGACAGAGAUGCUAGUUUGAUAAUAAGCAGUCCAUGAAAUAAUGAACAUAAUAACAAACUGUGUAGAACAGCUACAGACCUUUGUUUUAAACUAAGAUAAAAUGAUCUGUUUAUAAAGCAUUAGUAUGCAGUGUCACUGACAUUGCGGCCACAUAUAAUCUGUUGCAUGCUAUGAAAUGUGAAGGAAACUGGUUAUUAAUAUUGGAUUGUACACAGAUCUUGUGUUCAUGCUGCAUAUGUAUUGAUGUAGCUGCAAUAAAAACACACUGCUUUAGUUGAA